GUGAACCACUUUAUCGUCGCUGCAUGGUCUGACCAUGCGGACUUUCCUCACUAACCUAGCGUGCCCCUCAAGGGGCAAGGUCACUCCGAUGAAGCCUUCGACAGUGGCACCGUUACCAGUCGAGCUCAUCGCGAUGAUCAUGGGGUUCCUGCAGCAUGAUUCGCGUGCAUUGGGGAAAUGUUCCCUCGUUUGCAAGACCUGGUUCUCUCUGGCUCGACACAAGCUCUUCCGUUACAUCCAAGUUCCGUACUUCGCAGCUUCUGGCAAGAACGGGUUCAAGCCCUUCAUCAAGUUUCUGCAACAGAGCCCGAAUGUUCGGCCACUCAUCAAGAACCUGACUCUCAAAGCUUAUUCAAUGAGGCGUCUUAGUAUGGUCUCUCAUCGCUGGUGGCUACCGCGUAGACGGCCUGCGAUCCUCGAUCCAUGCACCCUUCUCACCAUCUGUUCCAUGUUACCUGGCCUUUUAACGCUUAAGCUCGAUCUCUUGCAAUGGGACGAGCAAUGGACCACUGGGAAGUGUUGGGGUCGCAAGGCCAUAACGCCACCAAGGGCGGGGCAAGUCGUUAGUUCUCUGAAGGAGUUGAGCAUUAGCGCUAUGUAUGCCCCUCACCUUGAUUUCCUCCGAUACUUCUCGUCCAUCCAGCAUUUACGUCUGUCAAAAGUGAGCGGUGCGGACGUGUCCUCAUCACCUUCGACCGUGUCCAUCAGCGCGAUCUCUAUGGAGCACAUUCUGAAGAUGGAGUCCUGGAUUUCCUUGUUUUCGAGAAGCGGCGUAGAAGAUAGCUGUCAAUCGCUUGCCAUCUCUUUGCUCGAUUUGCGCAGUUUUAUCCCUUCCUGCCCUCGUUCUGCUCUCGCUAAAUGGCUUGACGUAGGAGGGAUGGGUAGUCGUUUGCGUCACCUGACGCUCCAGCUCGAUUUUGUAUCUGCAGCUGCGUGUUCCGAGAUCACCCAAAUUCCGUGGUCAUCCCUUGGCCUUGACAGUUGCACCUCACUUCAGUCCUUAACCUUUAUAAUAUCCAUCGUUGAGUCGUACGCCUUUGGCGACACAUUUUGGAACUGGGAGGCCGUGCUCUAUGUCUUGGAGCAUAUUCCGGCAUCCACUAUCAACCAAAUCACCCUUCAUUUCGCCUGCUCGAUGGCUGGAUAUGUGUCAAGUGAACAGUCCGUAUUUACCCAGCUCCAGCGAUUAGAUUGGGGUCGAUUCGCUACUACGUGCACUCGCUUCCCGCUCAAUGCACGUACCUCUCUGAAGGUGUCGUGCCGAGGCCCUAACGACGUCCAGUCUGAAUUGAGGAUUCAAACACUGGUAGAUGAAAAGCUGCGAGCACAUUUGCCAUCAUGAUCGCAGCAGAGCCACUUUGUCUGGUCUUCCUCCACAUAGUAUACGCAUAUAAACUAAUUCAUAGAUGCCCAUGCUACACCCAUAGACUCGGAUACAAUGCUUGAUAUCCAGGAUCAUUACUCGCUAUCUAUAUAUAUUUCUUGUAUACUUCUUCCCUGCGAGCUGUAGCAUUAUGCUAAAUAUGGAAAUCUGACAGAGGCCCUCAGACAACA